AGAAAAAUUUGAAAUGCCCAUAUUUUUUUGUACAGACCUUGGAGAUUCAAAUUUUGUCCUACAGCAAGUAAAACAGUACUAGAACUGUCUAUUCUUUCAUCAGUUUCCAAAAUUUCUUCAUUCAUUAGUGACUUUUUUUUUUCUUUUUUUUCUUUAUUUGAAGUAAAAAAAAUAAAAACUCAACCACCCUUUUUGCUUGAUAGGGUAAUAAGCAAUGUUCUCUCAGGAGGGAAUGUUCAGCCGUUUAGUUUACAUGACCAAAAGUGGUUUUGUUUGUGCUGAGGUUGGUUUUUGCAGGGCCAAGUUUGGGUUUUUAUUACUCUAAUGCACAGUGGUGAUGAUGAUGGGAAUGACAUGCAUGAUGAUUAGUUGAUGGCUUUUCGCUUUUGCUCUCAAGUACCAUCCUAUGUUGGACUGUGGAGCAUCUAUUCUGUGUAACAUUGAUUCCCUUGAAACCUGAACUGGCUUAUCUUUUCUAUUUUCUUCUGGGGCCAAUUUUCACCCACCAUUUUACACCCCCCACUACAAAUUUACUUGCUUUGUGUUUGUGAGUGCCUGUUAUAAAAUCUCCAAAAGCUCUCAAAGAAACUGGUUUGUGUUAGGAAUUAGGAUUGAAUUCAGGGUGUAUUAUUCUGUAUUCUGUAUUCUGUAUUCUGCCCCUUUAUCAUUUUUUUGUGCUUUUAUUUUUGGAGGGAGGGGGGCAGGGGGUACUAAAUUGAGAUAGAGGUGUUUGUUGGGGAUUUUUAAAGAUGUAUGAUAUAGAAUUGUAGGUUUGUAUUGGGGUUUAGAGAAAUGGGAUCUCAGGUAGAGACAGUACAAGAGCCAAAUACUAGUACUGCCCCUUUGGCUAGGCAAGGGUCCUUGUAUAAUCUAACCCUUGAUGAGGUGCAAAGCCAGCUUGGGAAUUUGGGGAAGCCUCUUGGCAGCAUGAAUCUUGACGAGUUACUGAAGAGUGUGUGGAGUGCUGAAGCUGGUGGUGAGGCCUCUGGCUUUGACUUUGGUGUUGGUGGUGGUGGUGAUGCUAACAUGCAUCAUGAUGGCCAUGUUGCUUCUCUGAAUCCACAGGGGAGCCUAACUUCGUCUAGGGAUCUCAGCAAGAUAACAGUUGAUGAGGUUUGGAGAGAUAUGCAACUGAAGAAGGAUACUACUAAUAGGGAUAGGAAAACACAGGAAAGACAGGCUACACUUGGUGAGAUGACUCUGGAGGACUUCUUGGUGAAGGCUGGAGUGGUUGCUGAAUCUUUUCCUACCAAGGAUUCAAAUGGGGCUACCUCACAACAUGGCCAAUGGAUGCAAUAUCAGCAGAAUAUGAUGGGGGGUUAUGUGGCUGGCCAUGCCAUUCAGCAGCCUUUCCAGGUUGCCAUGAAUCUAGUUUUGGAUGCGGCUUACACCAAGACGCCGAGUUCUUUGGUGGGCGGUUUGUCGGAUACACAAACUCCAGGUCGGAAAAGGGUUGCCUCUGGUGAUGUGGUUGAGAAAACUGUGGAGAGGAGGCAGAAGAGGAUGAUCAAAAAUAGGGAAUCUGCUGCAAGGUCACGGGCAAGGAAACAGGCAUACACACAAGAACUGGAGAAUAAAGUUUCGCAAUUAGAAGAGGAGAAUGAAAGGCUUAGAAGACUGAAUGAGAUGCAGAAGGCGUUGCCAUCUGUGCCACCACCUGAGCUUAAGCAUCAGUUACGCAGAACUAGUUCAGCCAUCUUUUGAUAUCUUCAUUACAAUGAAUUCCUAAUUCUUUUUCAUGCUAUCACAUCACAUGGUAGCAUUAUACUUUGACUCUUAAAGUUUGGAUACAGAACUUGGGUGGCUAUUUUUUCUCCGGGUAGUUGUUUGUGAUGCUAUCGGUUCUCCCCACCUUGCUCUAUUCCACUAAUGUUUUCCUCUAUGUAUAUUUUGAUUAAGUUUGGCUUACAAAUUACAAUUUAAUAUUCAACUAUAAAUAUACUUGAGUUUAAUUU